AUGGAGUCGGCUCAGCACAACGGGCGUUUUUGGCCCUUAUCGCCCCGUUUGUGGCGUCGGAGUACCGAGUACUCAAAAGUAGUUUUCGAACCUCGACGACCGCCUACAUCGCCGAUCGAGAUAAGGAAAAAUAGAAUAGAUCUGACACCGGACCUGCUACGGUCUAGAAGUUUCAUCAAAGAUAAACUGGAUCAUUUGAACCUCGAAGAGGAGGUGGAAUAUGAAGAUAGUCGAAUCGAAGAGAAAAAACGAUGGAGUGUCGAGACAAAAAAACCUCCAAUUAAAGAAACGAAAAAAAACGAAGAAGUAGUAAAACUAAGGGCAAAGAAGCAGAGGCAUCCGCGACCAAACAGCCUACAAUUGUUACUGUGCCCAUCAAGCUCUGGUCAUUACAGCAGCAACACUUGGAGAUACACCAGAGUACGUUCCAAAAGCCAUGAGCCGGAGGGCGGCGGGCGGUGCGGCGACGGUCCUCUAGCGCGCGCGAUGCAGCCCGCGGCGCCGGGCGGCUCGCCCAAGCGUCAAGCUGCGUCUACACCAGCACACGGCGCAGCGGGCGACCAAUCCACGCUCAAAGUCCACUUGCCCAAUGGUGGGUUUAACGUGGUCAGAACCUCUCCGGACGAGGAUGUGCGCUCAGUACUUCGGCUCCUCGCGGCCAGGCUUGCCACUGGUGAGCGGGUGUAUGCCUCGUGCUAUGCGUUGAGAGCUAGAAGGCUUACUACUGGGAAGAUUCGAUGGAUCCAUCAGGACACGCCAGUAUCGGAGCUGAUAACGCGCUGGCCGGCCAGCGAGUGGCGGCUGGAACUCCGGGUACGCUACCUGCCCGCCAACCUGCGCGACCUCUGCGACGCAGACCGGGUCACAUUCCACUAUUACUACGACCAAGUGCGACACGACUACCUCAACGCCAAUCACCCCAUGGUGGACCAGGAUUUGGCGAUACAAAUAUGUUGUUUAGAAAUAAAAUACUUCUGUAAGGACAUGCAGAUAUCUCUGGACAAGAAGUCGAACAUAGAAUACUUAGAGAAGGAGUUCGGGCUGCACAAGUUCCUACCUAAAUCUGUAAUCGAAGCGAUCAAACCCAAAGUUCUCAAGAAAGCGAUACAGCAACAGUACAAAAAGGUGGCAAAUAUUAGCGACGUUGAAUGCAUGCUCCGCUACGUGGAAACGAUGCACACGCAUUACGGGUACGAUCGCGAAACGUUCACGGCAGCGCUCGGCGGCGGCUGGGCCAUACCAGUAGAGCUGGCAAUUGGGCCCGAUAUAGAUAUAUCGUAUGUGUCGCACAAAGCGGGCGAGCCACCGACGUACACAAAAAUCGCCUCGUUCAGCGAUAUUGUCGCGUUGCAGACGCUCAAAUCUAACUGCACGCAGCAGUCGCAGACACAGAGCGGUUCCUGUGGAAAAGCAGCGCUCCAGUUGCGAGUGAAAGGUGCCACGGAGACUCUCACAAUCACUUGCAGCAGCGUGGAGGCUGCAGAAAGUUUAGCGGACUUAGUCGACGGCUAUUGCAGACUAGUGACCGACUCGCAGACUUCGCUUUGGAACAGAACUACGGAAAUGAGUAGCAGUUCUUCAGAAGGCAAGACAAGCUCAUGGGAGGCGAACACAGCGACAAUACUCUCGGAGGACUACGCGGAAAUUGUUGACGAUGACGCUGAUUACUCCACUCCUGCAGUGCGCGACUACGAACUGGUUCGUAAUCAAAUCGAGCUCACUGGUAUCAUAGGAGAGGGGCAGUUUGGCGACGUUCAUAAAGGUACAUGUCGCGUGACCUCAGCCAAUCACCCGUCGCUUCGACGACAGCUAGCUCUUCAGAAACAAGAAGGUCGAAGUGUGGGCGGCGAGUUCGUACUACACGUCGCCGUGAAAACUUGCAAGAUGGACGCCGACUUGGAUACGGCGGAGAAGUUUCUGGAAGAGGCUUAUAUCAUGCAACAGUUUUCACAUCCGCACAUUAUUGGCCUAGUGGGGGUGUGUAGCUCCCCUCCUAUCUGGAUCGUCAUGGAGCUCGCCACGCUAGGGGAGAUGCGUGCGUACCUGCAACAAAACGCGCAUAGAUUGGAGACAUGUACAUUAGUUCUGUACAUCUACCAGCUCUCGACCGCGCUCAGUUACUUGGAGAGUAAAAAGUUCGUUCAUAGAGACAUCGCCGCUCGGAAUGUACUUGUAUCCACUGCGACUUGUGUCAAGCUGGCAGACUUCGGUCUAUCGAAACGAGUAGACGACAAGUCGUACUACAAAGCGUCCCGCGGCAAGUUGCCUAUCAAGUGGAUGGCUCCCGAGUCAAUCAACUUCAGACGGUUUACAUCUGCCUCAGACGUCUGGAUGUUCGGCGUGUGCAUGUGGGAGAUCAUGAUGCUGGGCGUGAAGCCGUUCAGCGGCGUGAAGAACAACGACGUGAUCGGCAAGCUGGAGAACGGCGAGCGGCUGGCGCUGCCGCCGCGCUGCCCGCCGCGCCUAUACUCCGUGAUGUCGCGCUGCUGGGCCUACGAGCCCUCGCAGCGCCCCACCGCGCACAGCCUCAAGGAGACGCUCUUCGAGGUGCUGCAGGAGGAGCGCAGCAGCGCGUGGGACACCAUGCGGCGCGAGAACCGUCGCGUAGCCGCCGCCUCGUGGGGCGACGAACCGCCGCCCAAGCCCAGCCGCCCGCCCGCCCACCUGCCGCCAGCACUGGAUUCGACGUCGAAGCAAGCGGCCGGCGCAGCCCCACAGACGUACAUCGUGGCUCAAAACCCGCUCGUUUUGGCCCACUUACUGAGGGAAAAUCAAACCCGAGCCAUCGACCCACAGGCCUACAACACACCAGCAUCGGUAUUCAACACCGUCGCCGUCGACUUCGCGCAAACUCUACCGGAGAACGACCUACCGAAAAUCAUCAAUCCCAAACCCGACGAAAUAAUCGACAUCCCCCUCCAAACCGCCCCCAUCCCGGCCGCGAGCCUCCACAAACUGGACCCUUUCGUCCCCGAAAAUGCCGAUGAAACUUUAACCGUUGUGGUCGGCGCACGAGAGAGUUGCGACAACCUGUGCCAGAAUACUCCCGUCUCGCCUCGGACAGACGUUUCUUCUCCGUGUCAGAACGAGACGGAUGUAUCGAGCGAUACGUAUCCGAGUCGAGUUAGAUCGUUAGAGCGCAAUACAAGAGGUACCUUAUCGACUGAACGGGCCCCUAUAAGAAUGGGUUCGCUCGAAAGAAACGCUAGAGGGAGUCUCUCUCAUCGAGGCUCUCCCGUCCCUAUCGCACCUUUUACGAGGCAGCAUUCCGUACCGGCAUCUCCACCUCCGAGGACUCGCAGAGAUCAAGAUGUAGGGCAGUUUUCUGUUCAAGGGUCACUCAACGCUCAGUUAGCGGCUAGUGUUAUGAAUAAAAUGCGACAGCAGCCGGACCCCCCAUUAGUGGAGGAGAUAUAUGAUUUUGGAGGUGAUAAUGUCAAAAGCUGCGUGGCUAUUGCUGCUCAAAAAGCAAUGAAGCCCGCCUAUCGCCCCGUUACGGCCGGCAUGGCAGCUUCUCACCCAACUUCUUAUGGAGUUCCCGUAGGAAUAGUCCAAGGUGUACAGUACGGUCAGGGGCCCAGCAAGGGUCACGGACAAAUUUCAAAGUCGAGCCACUUUAGGUCGGCGAGCCCUCUGCCACAAGUGUAUUCCGCUCAAAUGCCUCCAGGCUUCAACCAACCUAUGGGGGUUGUGCCGCCUAUGUCGUACGCUCCUCAGCAAAUAUACAGUUCAAAUGUAGUCCAAGGAGCUCAACCCAUGAUAUACAAGCCUCAGGUGUCUUCCUCGCAAUCCGCAAGCCAGGUCGCGCCCACUACCAGCUUUCCUAAUCAGAUUCGUCCACAAUUCGCUUCAGCGUCGUCAAUGGAUGCCCAAAGUAUAUACGCAUCGCGUCAAGAAUGCUCCCCCGUAGUACAGACAACGCCACAAACAACUCAACCCACUCAGAGUCCAGAAUUUGAUACGGAGCAAGCGGUAGAGAAGAGGUUGUUGGCUGAAUUGGCCCGACAACAGCAUCAGAGCGAAGAAGAUAGCAGAUGGCUUCAAAUGCAAGAAGAUAAUUUGAAGCGGCUAUCAAACGUUCAAGUGUCGGCAGAAUCUGAGCAGAGCACAGAACAGAAAUCGAUGGAACCUCAAAGUACAAGUGGACACGAAACUAGGACUAGUCAACCGCACUCAGGUGCAAAUUCCUCCGAGACAAGUCCGGCGAAUACUGUCAAAUCUAACGAAAAACCUUGCGAAGAAAAAGGCGCGGGCGAGCCCGUAUACAUGGCGACGACGCGCGUGGUGCGCGCAGUGAUGCGGCUGGCGCGCUCGCGAGGCGCUGCGCCCGACGCGCUGCUGGCCGGCGUACGUGCCGUCGGGCAUGAGCUGCGUGCACUCUGUGCCACAGUCGACCUGCUGGUGCUGCCCUACCCGCCCGCCGCGCAGAGGGAGGUUGAAAUGGCUCAUCAAGUGCUGAGUAAAGAUAUGGCGGCGCUUGUAGAAGCCAUGCGGCUUGCCAUACAGUACUCCAAUACUACAUUGCAGCAUGAGUACACCAAGAGUAUGCUUGCAGCAGCGCACGUACUAGCAAUGGACGCCAAAAACCUUCUUGAUGUAGUGGAUUGUAUUCGCGAGCGACAUCCCAACGUUGAUUGGCGAGCUGCCCUCGAACCCGAUCCUGGGAAAACGUCAGAUCCUACGCCAGCCCAACCCUCCAUACCCCAUAAUCAAACCCUCACCUCACAAAACCAAGUCUUCGCCGCCCAGUGCCAAACUUUCACGCCACAGAACCCAACUCUCAGCGCCCAGUCCUCGGUUCAGGAAGAAGACACGCCUCCACCAAAACCAGACUUCAAAAUCAAUCAACCGGUCACGACCAUACAAGUGACUCCAACGGAUCACCUCACCAAGGAGCACAACAGCCUCCCAGUCCCGUCCAACAGAGUAUCCACUAUAAUUCACAACUACAACCUCUAUGGGAACGUCAAAGAGCCGCAGCAUAUAUACGGCAACUCUGAGGUCGGGGGCUCGUUUCAGCAUUCGACACCGUGCGACGACUCCAAAAUCGACUUAGCCCCAUUGGAGUCUGUAAAGAGUCGCGUGCAAGCGAUAUCGGGCAAAAUUGAGACCCCGCCAAUUUAUUCCAUGAGCAAAAAGAUGAUCCCGAUCGACCAAGCCAUUGGGCACAGCGACCAGGGAUGA